CUUCCCUAACCUAAAAUCGGACGUACGGGUUCAUGAAUAUUAAGGUCACAUGCAUCAAUCACUACGAGCCAGCAGGCGUCGUAAUGAAAGAGAAAUGUUUCCCAGACCGUCUAGUUUCGCUAUGGCGUCGCCAGCUAAAGUAAUUCUUCUCGCAUGUGGAUCGUUUAAUCCAGUGACAAACAUGCAUCUUCGUAUGUUUGAGCUAGCACGAGACCAGCUGAACAAAACAGGACGGUAUGAAGUUAUUGGUGGAAUUAUUUCUCCGGUCAGUGAUGGCUACCGAAAAGAGGGUCUGGUUACAGCCAAACACAGAUGUGCAAUGUUGAGGUUGGCACUAAAAACAUCAGACUGGGUCAGGCUGGAUACGUGGGAGUGUGAACUGAAGGAGUGGUCUCGCACUGAGAGAGUUUUAAGCCAUCACAGGAAGGCACUCUUGAGUCAUAUUAAUGACAACAUCAAACCCGGACCGACAAAAAAGCGGAAGAAUGUUCACAAAAGCAAUGGUGAUGAGUCUGUGAACACGACUCCCAAGAUUACUGUGGAGGAUGAUGCGGUGCAAGUCAAACUGUUGUGUGGUGCUGACCUGUUGGAGUCAUUCGCAGUACCCGGGCUGUGGUUGGAUGAAGAUAUUGAAGAAAUUGUGGGAUCCUAUGGUUUAGUGUGCAUUUCAAGGUCGGGGACUAAUGCACAGAAGUUUAUAUAUGAAUCUGAUGUUUUAACAAAGUUCCAGAGUAACAUUUUUGUCAUCACUGAAUGGAUCUAUAAUGAUAUCAGCUCUACAAAAAUAAGGAGAGCAUUACGAAGACAAGAAAGUGUAAAAUAUUUGAUACAAGACUCUGUAAUAGAAUAUGUACGCAAACACCAACUGUAUGGAGUUCCUGACAAGUAAGGCAACUCCUGUUACUGUGUUAGAGUUGUCUAUUUGUAAUCUUGUUAGAGUUGUCUCCCUGCAUGAAUUGUGAAGCAUACAUGUUAUCCAAAUGUGUUUUUACUGUUAUGUUUGUGAGGUUUUUUUCAUGUCUGCAUGAAUCAAGUGAUAUCAAUAAUUUUAUUUCAUGUACAUGUUUUAAGACCUUUUUUUUAAUUGCUAAAAGCAAUUGUUUUGGUGAUCAGUGGUGUUGUUUUGAAUUUCAGUGGUCCUGAUACCGUUUUCUUAGUGCUUUAUUAUACAUGUUUAUUUGUCUGUCUUUAUUAAAUAAUUUUUUUAAUCCAUCUGCCAGCAAGGUUUGAGUUUUAUUUUAUACAGACUAAUUGUAUCGGGCUGUAAAUUUUGUAAGCAUAUCAUGGUAAAGAAAUACCGGUUCUGUUUAUUUUAUUGCAUCAAGCAUUGAAUAUUUGACUAUCUGAAACCCUGCAUCUGCUACUAUGAUGGCAGCAUUGCUGGCAACAGUGACCACAUCACCUUUUGCAUUUAGCUACAAUGUUAGUUUUUGCAUUUAGAUCCAUUUCUCGCAUCCUAGCUGAAACUAGCUGAAUAAUUACACCUAUUGCUGUGUUCACGCUGUCAGUUUAUAUCAAUGUGAAAUCAAUCCAGCUUCUUACAGUAGUAUAGCCCUUAAAACUGUGUGUCACCAUUUUACACUGAUGCAAUGAAAACACACACAUAUCAUUUUCUGAGUGCACCACGACUGGUAUAUCAAAGUCUGUGGUAUGUGCUAUCCUGUUUAUGGGAUGGUGCAUAUAAAAGAUCCCUUGUUGCUAAUCG